AUGGAGGAGGAAGAGAACAACCAGCUGGCCUUCCUGGAUGUCCUCGUAUGCCGCAAGGAGUGCGGUGGACUAAAGACCAAUGUGUUCAGGAAAGCGACAAAUACGAUGCAAGUACUGAACUUCAACAGUAACCACCCAAUCAGCCACAAGCGCAGUUGUGUAAGGACGCUCUUUUGGCGUGUCGAAACGCACUGCAGUGAGCCGGAAGACAAAAUUGCUGAACUACAAUACCUCCGACGGGUAUUCAAAGCCAAUGGCUACCCGAGCAACUUUGUCAACCGGUGCAUACGCAAAAUGGACGAAAGGCCUAACCGCAGGGACACCAAAGUUUGGCGAGCGCUUCCAUAUGUCAAGAACGUUUCUGAAGCUCUUGGCCGCCUUCUCGCACCGCUGGGGGUUGGAGUUGCACACAGGCCAGAGGCAACCAUCAGGCGUCAACUGAUGAAACCGAAAGACCCACUGCCACGGCAAGAAACGUCUGGAGUCGUUUAUCGGAUCUGGUGCAGUUGCGGACAAAGCAACUAUGUCGGAGAAACCGGAAGACAGCUCCGAACGCGAAUGGCCAAGCACGCUGCAGCAGUGCGGAGAAAUGACGCCAGCUCUCAAGUUGCGGCUCAUUCGACAGGUUCCGGCCACACAUUCAAAUUUGACGAGGCCGAAAUUCUCGCAAGAGGUGACAACCGCGUGAGCCGGGAGCUGCUUGAGUCAUGGUUCACUGGCCCCCAGUCUAUUAACAAGUGCAAUGAUCUUCCCAUUCAAUACAGCGUGCUGAGACUUCGUCUAGGCGGAGAAAUUGGCCACGCGGGGAGCGCCCUGAUGAACACUUUUCCCAACACCCGGGUCAGCGCGUCAGAUGGUCGAGCAAUCAUCACACUAACAUCCAACGCACGUGAUGAAAUUGCAGCAAUUAACGACGCGAAUAUCGACCAUCACGCCACGUGCAACGAUCCCUGA